ACAGGGGGCCAUCCAGACAGUAAUGUGGGAUUUCCCUAGGGAACAGCAAGUAAUUCGAGAGAAAACUUAAAAAAAAGGAUUAGCUGGAAAUGGGGGUGAACCAGGGACCAAGGUAGUUGUGUCCAUUGGGGAUGAGGUGAGUGACCAGAAUAGGAACCUACGAUGGGCAGAGAGGUAGGGGUAACAGGAAGCAGGAACAGAGGGAAGCAGGGCUGUCUUGUGAAUGAACUGAGUUUGGUGUUUGCCCAUAGCCACUCCCUGGGUCCUUAGGCCCUCACAGGGACCUUUGCCCCACCACACCCAACCCUGACAGACUAACUCUCCAGGACAAGUUUAUUGUCUGCUCUGAACUACCAGGCCCUGCCAGGAGCUCCAGGCCCACCUGAGGUAACAUCCCUUUGGAACAGCUGCUUCAGACUAGCCUAGGAAUCACAAAACUUCUGUGGUCAAGGAAACGAUGAAGGAGAGAACUGGUCAGCAAGAGCAAGAGACACCCAGCCUUCAUCUGGAAAAGCUACAGCACUGGGCAAUGCACAGGCACAGUGGGCACCUCUUGGUGCUGGCGAUGAGCCAGCUAUGGUUGGCAGUGGCUGUGGUGCCCUUUGCUGUCUCAGUUGCCUGCCUGAACUCUGCCUGUCACAUGGCCACAGCACUGCCACUUGGGCCUGGAGCAUUGGGUCUCCUCACUGGGAUUGUUACUCUUGAGCUGCGCAGAGCACCCCGCCUCUGGAAGGUGCGGGCCAUGAUGAUGUUCAACACCUUCAAUUUGAUCUUGGGCUUCAUCGUGGUGGUGGUUGAAGUGAUGAAGACAGUCUUGGCACCUGCCCCUAGUGCCCCAUCCCAGCUGGCCGGCUUGCUGGUGGUGGAGCUCAGCACUGAGGCCUUCACCCUAGGGGGAGUGCUGGUCUCAGUAUGUUCCCUUUUCCUGCUGAGCGAGAGGAAGCCAGGAUGCUGCAGGAGCCAGAAUCCAAGGCACUACCAGGAGCUGCAGGAGGAUUGUAACUUGCUACAGACUCUACUGAACCUAACCUUUCUGGAUUUCAUGAAGUUACCCGCCACACAGGCAGGCCCCCAAGUCAGGGAACUGACGAUGGGCUUUAGCUGGCAGGCCAAAAGCACAAGGAGCCGAAUCCUGCCAACAAUGACGUUAGCUUGGAAGUACAUCCUUCCCCAGUUGAGCCUCAGACGAGACCACAGACCUGGCUGAUGGCUUGAUCACAGCCUUGUGAGACCCUGAAGAAGAGGACCGAGAUGAGCCCUGCCCAGAAUCCUGACACACAG